AUGUCGUUUAAAUACUUAUCAGGAUGUUUGUGGCUGUUGGGACUUGCUUUGGGAUGUCAUGGACAAGCUAUUAUGGAUACAAUAUUGAGCGUCAAUGAAGCUGCUGGACUUAAUUUGAAAGAGGGUGAUAUUGCUAUUCGGCCAACUACUUUGGGCAGGAGAGAAGUUCAUGGGAAAUUCAAGCGCAAUAUGGUGUCAGGGAGUAAUUUAUGGCCAAAAGGCGAUAACGGACGUGUGAGAGUUCCGGUUAAACUUAGAUCGGGAUCGCAAACACUAAAUUAUUGGAGACAACAGAGACCAAGGCGAAAUGCUUUGUCGAUAGGUCUAGCAAUGCAAAGAAAAAUUACUAAUGUUGCAAGUAUUUUUUCAAAUUUUUCUUGCAUUGACUUUGUGUACAAAACUGACGCUGAUGACAAAUAUAUUGAAUUUUACAAAGGAGACGGAUGUCACGCCAAUGUUAAAAUGUACGAUAAUGGAAAAGAGAUAAGUUUGGGAGCUGGUUGUGGUUCUGCGAAAACUAUUGCACAUGAACUUUAUCAUGCUUUAGGAUUUUAUCACGAGCAAAGUCGACCAGAUCGUGACAAUUAUCUCACUAUUAAGCUGCAAAACGUCAAAGCAGGUAAGGAACACAACUUUGAUAGACAGUUGACCACAGAUACUCAUGGAUAUGAUUAUGAUCGAAAGAGUAUUAUGCAUUACGGAAAGUACUCCUUCAGUAAAAACUUAUUACCAACUAUAGUAUGGACAGCAAAUACCUUGAAGACAUUGGGUGGUAACAAAUUAACCAAAGGAGAUAUUGGAAAGCUGAAUACAUUAUAUGACUGUCCAGCCACAUUUCAGAGAUAUCCAGAAGUUCGUACAUUGGAGGACAGUAUGGAAGAAUUGGAUGCAACCGAUAAUAUUAUGGAGAACAUUUUGGAUGAAAGCGUUUUGAAAGAUAUUGGCAAAGAACAUCAGUAA